AUGUCAGAUACACAUAAUAUUUCAAAUCAGACCCCAACACAAGAGAUAUAUCCAGGCGGACAAUUCUUUGUCAGGCUUUUUGUCAGUGUGUUCGAAGAUAUCGAAGACUCAGAACCAAUUGAAGAAAGACGGUGGAAGAAUUAUGACGGUUAUCAUUUUGUAAGCAGAGUCAUCAAAUCAGAAAACCUCAGCAAGCAUAUCGAUCCAUCAAAAGAGUUUAGAAAUAAUCUUAAGUAUGCCUUAAGUAUUCCUGCCCAUCUUAUCCGUUCGUUCCAAGAGCUAGUAGAGUAUCUUUGCAAAGCCUUUGGGAUCAAAGAUCAUGAAAAUUACACCAUAAUGCUGAAUGAAGAUACUAUGCUCUUUGACCUUUCCACUAUUAGGCAGAAUGACAAAAUAAAACUAGUUAGGAAGGAUAAGCUUAUCAAAAUAGCAAAGAUGACAAAGGAAAUUUCAAAAUGAAAGGACCUGAUGGCAAAAUUCACCAAAGAAUACUUAGAUUACGUCCAGAAGCAUCCAUUCAUUCUUUCCCUUCCCAAAGAAUGGAAGAACUUGGAAACUGUUGAUCUUAGUGCGAGUAAGGAGAACUCUGAAAAGAGUAUUGCUAGCAACAUUGGUGACAAUAGUUCAAGAUCAAAGAAGCUACCAAGAAUUCUGCAGAAUUUACACCAAAGAGUUUCAGUCUUUGAAUACGACAAUGAACUGUUCUAUGAAACUCCUGCCUUUAAAGAAUUCAUGGAUGAGUGCUCCAACUGUACAACUAGAGAAGAACUCCAAAGGAAGAUCAAAGAACUUUCGGAGAUGAGAGGGUUUAAGGUAGUCCAACCACAAGGAGAAGUAAUUAACCAAAAGAGAGAGUUCAAGAACGUAUUCCACUGCAUCAAAGCCGGCAAGAACAGAAAAGGAUCAAGCCAUAAAAGAACAGGAUGCCCGUUCACAUUGAUCUACCAGAAAGGACCGGGAUGCUUGACUUACCAACUCACCAAAUUUAGAGGUGCUCAUAAUCACCAGCUUGAUGAUUUUCCUGAAGACUACAGUAAGAUAGCUGGAAUGGGCUCUGGAGGCUUAGAAGAUGAAUUUAGUCAAGAUUAUAAUCUAAGUAAGGCAAUGAAUAUUAAGCACGAUGAGUCUCCUCCAAAAGAGUUAAAGGCUGAAGAUAACACAGAAGAUUAUUCAGUUGAUGGCCUCCCGUCAAGCGACAGAAUAUCUCCAUGAAAAUCUCUAGAGUCUUCUCUCCAUCUUGUCAAGGAACCCUCUGAUUCCCAAACCAAUGAGCCCAGAACAAAAAAAGAAGAAUUAAAACCAAAAUUAGAGACUAAAAAUACUGAAGGUCAUAAUAUGAAAGACAUUGCCAUGAAAUAAUUAAUUUUCUAUUUAAAUGGUUCAGAGU